UAUUUUCUCUUUCGUUUGUCGUUUAUAAAAUAACUCGGCAAGUCAUAGCUCGCAAUGGAUUUUACUCGUAUUUUUUGUCUGUUUCCCAGUAUAUUGUUAAUAUCGCUUUUUUACACAUUAUUUUUAAUAGACAAAUCUCAAGGUUCAAAAGCCGAUUAUGUGACAUGUGGUACGAUAUUGAAACUGAUGAACACAGACCUACGACUUCGGCUGCAUUCUCAUGAUGUUAAGUACGGCUCGGGUUCAGGCCAGCAGUCCGUCACUGCUGUGGAUCUGACCGACGACCAUAAUAGUCACUGGCAAAUCAAGGCAGCUUCAGGAGAAUCAUGUAAACGAGGGGCACCAAUCAAAUGCAACUCAGUGAUUCGACUGCAACACAUAGGUACUAAGAAAAAUCUUCACUCACACCAUUUCUCAUCACCACUCUCGUCUAAUCAGGAAGUGUCAUGUUAUGGUGAUGACGAUGGAGAAGGUGAUAGUGGUGACAACUGGACUGUUGUUUGUAAUAAUGAUUUCUGGAGACGAGACUCUCCAGUGAAAUUGAAGCAUGUUGAUACAUCAUCAUUUUUAGCGGGUUCUGGUCGUACAUUUGGGCGCCCGAUAAGUGGACAAGGCGAAAUUGUGGGAAUCUCGUCUCAAUAUGGAGCUUACACAGAUUGGCAAGCAAAAGAAGGCUUAUUUGUUCAUCCCAGUGAUCCUCUACCACAUCAACAACAUGCUAUACAUUCAGAGUUAUAAUAUGUAGUGUGGAUUAGAUAAUUGUAUUUUAUUUAGUUUGUAAUUUUCAUAAUUUGUGAUACCAUUAUAUAAUAAGGAUUAGACUUGAAUGAACUUACAUGUCUAAUGAUUUUAUCUUGUAUGGCCAGAGUUUCAUUUUUAAAUACAGACUAUGUCACGAAUGUUCUUUUUUUUACUUUUGUUUUGUUACUGUAAUUUGAAGAUUUUUAUUAUUAAGAAUAUCGAUAGUGGGAUUAAUUUAUAAUUUCUAAUUACUCACUACUUGACACUGAGGUGUGUAAAUAAAAUAAUUAUACAAAAACCAUGUUCUAAUUUUGUAUGUUUUAAAACUAAGAAAAAAUUGCUCAUAUUGUGUAAUUAUGGUAAUUUUAAGUUAUUUACAUUCAUAAUACAUUUAUGUAUAAUGGAAUGUAUAUAUGAAAAUACUUGCCAGUAUCAGUACGAUGGCAGAAAAACAAAAAAUCGCUACAAUUGGAUUUGAGGAAUUGUUCCAUAUUUCUGAACAUGAAUAUUGAAGGUGAUUCGGGGAAUCAGCAUUGGUAGAUGUUCGAGUGUAAUAAAUGGCAACCGGCAUUACCCGCUCCAGCUUUGGACUUGAGAUCUCAGUAACUUAUAAUUAGUGAAUGAAGUUCGAUAAUUUAUGAUUAUUGAAUUAUGUCUACUACCAAGAUAUGGUACGAGGUGAGUGCAAAUGAUACAAAUGACAAAUGAGAUAUUCCUUGAAUGGCGAUUGUAAUUCUUUCUUAACAUAUCUAGUAUUCUGGUACUAU